CACCACAGCUCAGCCGUCUUUGCUGCAGUAGUUUCUCCGGGUCUGAGUCUCUGCGAUGUGUCCUACUUGCCCACGCUGUAUGGGCUCUGCCCGGACUCCGACAAGCAGGGGGCAGCCUAAGCGGGCCCUGGAAGGAUGGUUGCCGACACGGGUGGGCGGAGGCGGCCACGUCCGGGCUGGGGCAGAUCCCGUGAAGACGGCAUUCGUGGGCCCAGGAGCUGCCCGGAGCCAGCACAAGCGCCGGGUCCCAGGUGAAGUUGACUUUCCGGGGUGGGGCGAGGCUGCGGCAGUUUCGAGGUCUGUGCCAGGCCCUGCCCUCACCCAGAGGGCUGCACUGACCUUCACGGCCCCAACCACCCUCGUCACCACCCUGGGGACCCCACCCACCCAUCCUGACCCCUGCCCUGGGGCCCCCACUCAUGGCCCCCGUGACCUCAGCGCUGGGCUCCCCCGUCCACCUUCCACAGGCCCUGAACGCCUGGCCCCCCCGCACCCAGGGCUGGCAGAUGAAGAGGUGGACGGCAGGGUUCUUGGGAAUACCCAGGGUGCAGGGGCUGGAGACAGUGAACCCCUCCUGGGGGCCACAGCCACAGCCUGCCCCUGGGCUGGGAGAGCAAGGGAGGGUGAGGAGGGGGAGCCAGCGGGGGAACCGGGGCAGGAGGAAUGCCCCAUCUGCACAGAGCCCUACGGGCCCAGUGAGCACCGCCUGGCGCUGCUGAACUGUGGCCACGGCCUGUGUGUGGACUGCCUGCACCAGCUGCUGGUCACGGCCCCCAGCGCCGACCUGGGCCGGGUCUGCUGCCCGCUCUGUCGCCAGAGGACACCCAUGCUUGAGUGGGAGAUCUGCCAGCUGCAGAAGGAGCUGCUGCAGGCGGACGGGCCCCAGGGCCCACGGCCCCCCACGCCCCCUGCACCUGCCCGCCGCGGCCCUGGGCCCUGGGCGUCCCUGGAGCACCGGUACCAGCUCCGCUUCCUGGCAGGACCCGUGGGCGGCCGGGGCUGCCUGCCUUUCCUACCCUGCCCGCCCUGCCUGGGUGCCCGGCUCUGGGCCUUGCGGGAACGGGGACCCUGCUCCCGCCGCCUAGUGCUGCUGGGCCUGCUGGCCCUUGAGCUGCUGGGGCUGCUGCUCAUUUUCACGCCGCUCAUGCUGCUGGGGCUCCUCUUUAUGCUGCUGGACCGCGCUGGCCACUAAGC